AUGGAGAGUCCUCGCAAGAAGUUGCGGAGGGUGGUUGGCUUCGAGUCCCUGCCCGACGAGGUAGUUGCUCACAUCUUAUCGUUCAUGACCUUCAAGGAGGCGGUGAUGAAGAGCGGCCUCGGCCGGCGGUGGCGCCACCAGUGGCUUCGCUGCCGCUCCAUUGACUUGGACGAGUCCCUCUUCACCCUCGGGGCGAAACGCCGCCUCCUGACGGCCGACGGCCGCAUCUUCCCCCCCGAGGACCCGAAACGGACGGGGAGGCAGCUCCUCAUUAAGUUCGCCGGCGAUUUCGCCGCUCGCUACGCGGAGUCCAGGAUGGAGAGCUUCCGUCUGGUCUUCUCCUUCCCGGAGGAAUACCCCAGCGAGGUGUGGAAGUGGAUCCUGGCAGCGACUUCCCGGAAGGUGGCGUCUCUGGACCUUGACUUCUCCGAUCCCGAAACAGACUGGGUUUUUGACUUCGGGAACGGCAAGUUCAAUCUGCCGGCGGAGAUAUUCGAAUUGCACCAGUCGCUGACUUCGUUGAGUCUGUCGGCCUGCGAGGUCCUGCCGCAUAGGUUCCUCGGCCUUCAUGCUCUCCGCCGCCUCAGCCUCUCGAGGAUCUUCGUAAGGAAGAGGACCUUCCACACGCUCUUGGCCAACUUGCCUCUCCUGGAAGAGCUCUAUCUGAAGCACCUCGACAUAGCAGAAGUCUACGUCGCAGGCUGCAGCCGUGGACUACGGAAGCUGACCGUUGACAACUGCCUCCCACUUGAUAUAGGUAUCAGGCUCGUUCAUGCCCCGGCCCUGGAGUCUUUCCACUACUGUGGCGCCGUCGUGCCCUUCGAGAUCGAGCAGAUUCCCAGAAUCGUGGACGUUGACGUCUCUUUUACGGAGGACGACUUCAUGGACGGAGGUGACCCGCUGCGAGAUCUUCUGCAGAAUAUCUACAACGCAGAGACCCUCACCGUCUGCGGCUACCUCCCUCAGGUGCCCUUCUUCCUCCCUCAUUAGGUGAUUCAUCAACACAGGCUCUAUGAUCGUUUCAUUUGACGUCAGAAGAGGCAACACUUUACGUGGAUCACCUUGAUGCCGUUGACCUACUAAGUUUUGAUUGAUCUCAACGAACGAACUCUUUUACGUUUCAACUGUUCAUGUGACUUCUUAGAAAAUAUCUUAUUGAAAUAUAACGGCUUACCCUAUUUAGUUGCUGAUUAGUUUCGGAUUCGAUGCAUUAAUACGUAUCACUGUCUAACUUUGACAUCCUCGAUUUAUUAAGGUUAUACCAAGGGUUCACGAUCCAGGAAGGCUGCCGACGGUGGGCGAAUACAAUCAUAGACAGCUGAUCAUAAACGGGGUGGCUUUCCACAGAGAAGAGAUUCCCGGCAUAGCCCUCCUCCUGAGGAGCUACACUCUACUAGAGACUCUCACCAUCAGACUGUCUGCUGAUAAGAAGCGCUUAGAUGUGAGAGAACUUGCUCUUCUCUCCAAUACAGGCGUCGGCCAUGGAUUCUGAGUUCUAUUCGUGGCUGGACUUGCAGGGUUACGAGUUCCCAUUGCGGAAGGCCAUCGGCGGAUCAGCCUUCUGGGACAAGGAGCUCGAGAUACCAUUCCCGUGCAUGGAGGAUAAUCUCCGGUACGUGAAAUUGGAGGGCUUCACUGGCCAGAUGAACCAAGUCGAGUUCGUCGAGUUCCUUCUGACGACUGCGAGGAGUCUCAGGGAGCUCAUCAUAUGUGUCUCAAGGGAGCCGUCCAAGUUCGGCCACACCAUGGAGCGGCGAUGGAACAUCGUCCACAGCCUCUUGUACUGCCCGAGAGCCUCCGACAGGAUCCGAAUUGACAUCGAAUGA